AUGACCUCGGCGGGGGAGGCGGCCGGUUCCCCCCCUCUGCCCGCCGCGGUCGGCGGCCAUCGGCGAAGCCCCCUGGACCGGCUCCCGCCCCCCGCCAACACCACCAAACCGCUGACCCCUUUCGGCAUCGAGGACAUCCUGGGACGCCCCCGCGGCGGGAGCCCCCCCGGGACUGGGACCGGUCCCGCCGCCCCCCCCGCCCCGGCGGGGCCCCGCGGCGGCGGCUGCGCCCCGGCCUCGCCGCUCUGGGCGCUGGAGGAACUCGCCAGUAAAACCUUCCAGGGGCUGGAGCUGGGAAUGCUGCAAGCAGCCGGAGGUCCGUCCCCGCCGGGCGCCCCGGGCCCGCGCCCUCCCUGCAGGAAGCGUCGCAAGUCCCGGACCGCGUUCACGGCGCAGCAGCUGCGGGAGCUGGAGCAGCGGUUCCGGCGGCAGCGCUACCUCUCCCCGGUGGACCGGGACGCGCUGGCGGCGCGGCUGGCGCUCUCCGCCGCCCAGGUCAUCACCUGGUUCCAGAACCGCCGCGCCAAGCUCAAGCGGGACCUGGAGGAGCUGCGGGCGGACGUGGCCUCGCUGCAGGCGCUGCCCCCCGCCGCCCUCCAGCAGCUGGCGGGGCUGCCCGAGCCCCCGGGGGCUGCCGGUACCGGCACCGCGGCGCCCGCCGAGCUCUCGGAGGAGGAGAUCGACGUGGCGGACUGAGCCCAGCCCGCUCGGACCGACUCGCCCCGCUCGGUUCCGCUCGGCACCGCCCGGGCCGACACUGCUCCGCUCGGCUCCACUCGCCUCGGUCCGAACGGAGCCGAGCCCGGCCCGGCCCCGCCCCCUCGGGGCACCCGUUUUUGGGUAUUUUUUUUUUGUUCAUCU